AUGACCAAAGCUAAGCUCUCCGGCGCCGACGUCGCCCAGCACAACUCCCGCGAAUCCUGCUGGGUUAUUGUCCACGGAAAAGCAUAUGAUGUGACCGACUUUCUCCCAGAACACCCUGGUGGUCAGAAGAUCAUCCUCAAGUACGCCGGCAAGGAUGCGACCGAAGAGUUCGACCCCAUUCAUCCCCCCGACACCCUCGACAAGUACCUCGACUCCUCCAAGCAUCUCGGCGAGGUCGACAUGUCCACCGUCGAGCAGGAAGAGAAAGUGGAGGACCCGGAGGAGACCGCGCGCCAGGAACGCAUCAAGACCAUGCCCCCAUUGGCCGCAUGCUACAACCUGCUAGACUUUGAGACCGUCGCCCGCAGUGUCAUGAAAAAGACCGCCUGGGCGUACUACUCCAGCGGAGCCGACGAUGAGAUCACCAUGCGUGAAAACCACUCCGCCUUCCACAAGAUCUGGUUCCGCCCCCGCGUCCUCGUCGAUGUCGAGAACGUCGACUUCUCCACCACCAUGCUGGGCACUCCCGUGUCCAUUCCCUUCUACGUCACCGCCACCGCCCUGGGAAAGCUCGGCAACCCCGAGGGUGAAGUGGUGCUGACGCGGGCCGCCCACGACCACAACGUGGUGCAGAUGAUCCCGACGCUGGCGUCGUGCUCGUUUGACGAGAUCGUCGACGCCAAGCGCGGGGACCAGGUGCAGUGGCUGCAGCUGUACGUGAACAAGGACCGGGCUAUCACGAAACGCAUCAUCGAGCACGCCGAGGCGCGCGGCUGCAAGGGGCUGUUCAUCACGGUCGACGCCCCGCAGCUGGGCCGCCGCGAGAAGGACAUGCGCUCCAAGUUCUCCGACGUCGGGUCCAGCGUGCAGGCCACGGGCGGCGACUCCGUCGACCGCUCGCAGGGCGCGGCCCGCGCCAUCUCGUCCUUCAUCGACCCCUCGCUCUCGUGGAAGGACAUCCCCUGGUUCCAGUCCGUCACCAAGAUGCCCAUCGUGUUGAAGGGCGUGCAGUGCGUCGAGGACGUGCUGCGCGCGGUGGAGAUGGGCGUCGACGGCGUCGUACUUUCCAACCAUGGCGGGCGCCAGCUCGAGUUCGCCCGCUCCGCCAUCGAGGUCCUCGCCGAGGUCAUGCCCGUGCUGCGCGAGCGCGGCUGGGAGAACAAGAUCGAGAUCUACAUCGACGGGGGCAUCCGGCGCGCCACCGACAUGCUCAAGGCGCUGUGCCUGGGCGCCCGCGGCGUCGGCAUCGGCCGGCCGUUCCUGUACGCCAUGUCGGCGUACGGCCAGCCCGGCGUCGACCGCGCCAUGCAGUUGCUCAAAGACGAGAUGGAGAUGAACAUGCGACUCAUCGGCGCCACCACCAUCGCCGAUCUCAACCCCAGCAUGAUUGACGUGCGCGGCCUGGUCGGCGGCCACAACGCCGUCGUCCCCCAGGACACGCUGAGUCUGCGGGCCUACGAUCCGCUGCAGGCGCCGCGCUUCAGCGAGAAGGCGAAGCUGUAG